GAAAAAAUAGCACCAAAAGCAAAAGGAAAAUUCGGAAAAAUCGAUUAAAAUGAACGCAAAGACAACACUUCGUUUUUUACAAGCUACACGCCAAUUCUCAAGAUCAUCAGCAGCAUGUAAGGAUCAAGUUCAUCCUGGAUAUAACAAAAUUAAGUCAAUCCAGGACCAAUUUCAGAAACCAGAUGGACUUCCAGUACAUUUAAAAGGAGGUGCAAUGGAUAAGGUUCUCUAUGGUACAACAAUCGUUGCCUGUGUUUUUGGAGUGCUUGGAUUCGGUCAAGUCCUCUACGAUCUUGGAUUUGCAAAGAAGAAUUAAGUUAUUCCUCAAUCCCAAGUCAAAUCAUUAAAUAAGAAUAAGUAGUCGACUUAUCUUGUCGAUGCAGUGCUGCUGGGAUUUUACAAACACAUAAAAGUAUAUAAAAUAAGCAUAAUGUGGGAUACUUAAGCAUUUAAAAACGAAAUUUCCUUCUUAAAAAGCAUUUA